AUGGAUGCGCUCUCUCCCAUCCUGGCAGUCUCUCUGCAGCUGUGGCAGUCUCUCCGCAGCUGUGGCAGUCUCUCUGCAGCUGUGGCGGGCAGAGCAGCGGCGGAUGUGGACACGGCUGUGGACACGGCUGUGGACACGGCUGCCAACGCCAUUAUUCUGAGAGAGGAGAAACUCACACAAUUCACUCACAACACAUCCAACCGCACUCAGAACACGUCCAACCGCACUCACAAUUCGUCCAACCGCACUCAUGACACGUCCAACCGCACUCACAAUUCGUCCAACCGCACUCACAACACGACCAACCGCACUCACAACACGUCCAACCGCACUCACAACACCUCCAACCGCACUCACAACACGUCCAACCGCACUCACAACACGUCCAACCGCACUCACAACACGACCAACCGCACUCACAACACCUCCAACCGCACUCACAACACCUCCAACCGCACUCACAACACGUCCAACCGCACUCACAAUUCGUCCAACCGCACUCACAACACCUCCAACCGCAUUCACAACACGUCCAACCGCACUCACAACACGUCCAACCGCACUCACAACACCUCCAACCGCACUCACAACACCUCCAACCGCACUCACAACACGUCCAACCGCACUCACAACACGUCCAACCGCACUCACAACACGUCCAACCGCACUCACAACACGUCCAACCGCACUCACAACACGACCAACCGCACUCACAACACGUCCAACCGCACUCACAACACGUCCAACCGCACUCACAACACCUCCAACCGCACUCACAACACGUCCAACCGCACUCACAACACGACCAACCGCACUCACAACACCCCCAACCGCACUCACAACACCUCCAACCGCACUCACAACACGUCCAACCGCACUCACAACACCUCCAACCGCACUCACAACACGUCCAACCGCACUCACAACACGUCCAUCCGCACUCACAACACGACCAACCGCACUCACAAGACCUCCAACCGCACUCACAACACGUCCAACCGCACUCACAAUUCGUCCAACCGCACUCACAACACCUCCAACCGCACUCACAACACCUCCAACCGCACUCACAACACGUCCAACCGCACUCACAACACGUCCAACCGCACUCACAACACGUCCAACCGCACUCACAAUUCGUCCAACCGCACUCACAACACCUCCAAUCGCAUUCACAACACAUCCAACCGCACUCACAACACCUCCAACCGCACUCACAACACGUCCAACCGCACUCACAACACGUCCAACCGCACUCACAACACGUCCAACCGCACUCACAACACGUCCAACCGCACUCACAACACGUCCAACCGCACUCACAACACGUCCAACCGCACUCACAAUUCGUCCAACCGCACUCACAACACCUCCAACCACACUCACAACACGUCCAACCGCACUCACAACACGUCCAACCGCACUCACAACACGUCCAACCGCACUCACAACACGUCCAACCGCACUCACAACACGUCCAACCGCACUCACAAGACCUCCAACCGCACUCACAACACCUCCAACCGCAUUCACAACACGUCCAACCGCACUCACAACACGUCCAACCGCACUCACAACACGUCCAACCGCACUCACAAUUCGUCCAACCGCACUCACAACACGUUCAACCGCACUCACAACACCUCCAACCGCACUCACAACACGUCCAACCGCACUCACAACACGUCCAACCGCACUCACAACACGACCAACCGCACUCACAAGACCUCCAACCGCACUCACAACACCUCCAACCGCACUCACAAUUCGUCCAACCGCACUCACAACACGUCCAACCGCACUCACAAGUCGUCCAACCGCACUCACAACACGUCCAACCGCACUCACUAUACGUCCAACCGCAUUCACAACACGUCCAACCGCACUCACAAGACCUCCAACCGCACUCACAACACGUCCAACCGCAAUCACAAUUCGUCCAACCGCACUCACAACACGUCCAACCGCACUCACAACACGUCCAACCGCACUCACAACACGUCCAACCGCACUCACUAUACGUCCAACCGCACUCACAACACGUCCAACCGCACUCACAACACGUCCAACCGCACUCACUAUACGUCCAACCGCACUCACAACACCUCCAACCGCACUCACAACACAUCCAACCGCACUCACAACACGUCCAACCGCACUCACAAAACGUCCAACCGCACUCACAACACGUCCAACCGCACUCACAACACCUCCAACCGCACUCACAACACCUCCAACCGCACUCACAACACGUCCAACCGCACUCACAACACGUCCGACCGCACUCACAACAACACGUCCAACCGCACUCACAACACAAACACGUCCAACCGCACUCACAACACGACCAACCGCACUCACAACACGUCCAACCGCACUCACAACACCUACUCAACACUCAACCGCACUCACAACACGUCCAACCGCACUCACAACACGUCCAACCGCACUCACAACACCACCAACCGCACUCACAACACCCCCAACCGCACUCACAACACCUCCAACCGCACUCACAACACGUCCAACCGCACUCACAACACCUCCAACCGCACUCACAACACCUCCAACCGCACUCACAACACGUCCAACCGCACUCACAACACGUCCAACCGCACUCACAACACGUCCAACCGCACUCACAACACGUCCAACCGCACUCACAAUUCGUCCAACCGCACUCACAACACCUCCAACCACACUCACAACACGUCCAACCGCACUCACAACACGUCCAACCGCACUCACAACACGUCCAACCGCACUCACAACACGUCCAACCGCACUCACAACACGUCCAACCGGCACUCACAAGACCUCCAACCGCACUCACAACACCUCCAACCGCAUUCACAACACGUCCAACCGCACUCACAACACGUCCAACCGCACUCACAACACGUCCAACCGCACUCACAAUUCACCUCCAACCGCACUCACAACACCUCCAACCGCACUCACAAUUCGUCCAACCGCACUCACAACACGUCCAACCGCACUCACAAUUCGUCCAACCGCACUCACAACACGUCCAACCGCACUCACAACACGUCCAACCGCACUCACAACACGUCCAACCGCACUCACUAUACGUCCAACCGCAUUCACAACACGUCCAACCGCACUCACAAGACCUCCAACCGCACUCACAACACGUCCAACCGCACUCACAAUUCGUCCAACCGCACUCACAACACGUCCAACCGCACUCACAACACGUCCAACCGCACUCACAACACGUCCAACCGCACUCACAACACACCUCCAACCGCACUCACAACACCUCCAACCGCACUCACAAUUCGUCCAACCGCACUCACAACACGUCCAACCGCACUCACAAUUCGUCCAACCGCACUCACAACACGUCCAACCGCACUCACAACACGUCCAACCGCACUCACUAUACGUCCAACCGCACUCACAACACGUCCAACCGCACUCACUAUACGUCCAACCGCACUCACAACACGUCCAACCGCACUCACUAUACGUCCAACCGCACUCACAACACGUCCAACCGCACUCACUAUACGUCCAACCGCACUCACAACACCUCCAACCGCACUCACAACACAUCCAACCGCACUCACAACACGUCCAACCGCACUCACAACACGUCCAACCGCACUCACAACACGUCCAACCGCACUCACAACACCUCCAACCGCACUCACAACACCUCCAACCGCACUCACAACACGUCCAACCGCACUCACAACACGUCCAACCGCACUCACAACACGUCCAACCGCACUCACAACACGUCCAACCGCACUCACAACACGACCAACCGCACUCACACACACGUCCAACCGCACUCACAACACCUCCAACCGCACUCACAACACGUCCAACCGCACUCACAACACGUCCAACCGCACUCACAACACGACCAACCGCACUCACAACACCCCCAACCGCACUCACAACACCUCCAACCGCACUCACAACACGUCCAACCGCACUCACAACACCUCCAACCGCACUCACAACACGUCCAACCGCACUCACAACACGUCCAACCGCACUCACAACACGACCAACCGCACUCACAAGACCUCCAACCGCACUCACAACACGUCCAACCGCACUCACAAUUCGUCCAACCGCACUCACAACACCUCCAACCGCACUCACAACACCUCCAACCGCACUCACAACACGUCCAACCGCACUCACAACACGUCCAACCGCACUCACAACACGUCCAACCGCACUCACAACACAUCCAACCGCACUCACAACACCUCCAACCGCAUUCACAACACGUCCAACCGCACUCACAACACGUCCAACCGCACUCACAACACGUCCAACCGCACUCACAACACGUCCAACCGCACUCACAACACGUCCAACCGCACUCACAACACGUCCAACCGCACUCACAACACGUCCAACCGCACUCACAACACGUCCAACCGCACUCACAAUUCGUCCAACCGCACUCACAACACCUCCAACCGCACUCACAACACCUCCAACCACACUCACAACACGUCCAACCGCACUCACAACACGUCCAACCGCACUCACAACACGUCCAACCGCACUCACAACACGUCCAACCGCACUCACAACACCUCCAACCGCAUUCACAACACGUCCAACCGCACUCACAACACGUCCAACCGCACUCACAACACGUCCAACCGCACUCACAAUUUGUCCAACCGCACUCACAACACGUUCAACCGCACUCACAACACCUCCAACCGCACUCACAACACGUCCAACCGCACUCACAACACGUCCAACCGCACUCACAACACGACCAACCGCACUCACAAGACCUCCAACCGCACUCACAACACCUCCAACCGCACUCACAAUUCGUCCAACCGCACUCACAACACGUCCAACCGCACUCACAAUUCGUCCAACCGCACUCACAACACGUCCAACCGCACUCACAACACGUCCAACCGCACUCACAACACGUCCAACCGCACUCACUAUACGUCCAACCGCAUUCACAACACGUCCAACCGCACUCACAAGACCUCCAACCGCACUCACAACACGUCCAACCGCACUCACAAUUCGUCCAACCGCACUCACAACACGUCCAACCGCACUCACAACACGUCCAACCGCACUCACAACACGUCCAACCGCACUCACUAUACGUCCAACCGCACUCACAACACGUCCAACCGCACUCACAACACGUCCAACCGCACUCACUAUACGUCCAACCGCACUCACAACACCUCCAACCGCACUCACAACACAUCCAACCGCACUCACAACACGUCCAACCGCACUCACAACACGUCCAACCGCACUCACAACACGUCCAACCGCACUCACAACACGUCCAACCGCACUCACAACACGUCCAACCGCACUCACAACACGUCCAACCGCACUCACAACACGUCCAACCGCACUCACAACACGACCAACCGCACUCACAAGACCUCCAACCGCACUCACACCUCCAACCGCACUCACAAUUCGUCCAACCGCACUCACAACACGUCCAACCGCACUCACAAUUCGUCCAACCGCACUCACAACACGUCCAACCGCACUCACUAUACGUCCAACCGCACUCACAACACGUCCAACCGCACUCACUAUACGUCCAACCGCACUCACAACACGUCCAACCGCACUCACUAUACGUCCAACCGCACUCACAACACGUCCAACCGCACUCACAACACGUCCAACCGCACUCACUAUACGUCCAACCGCAUUCACAACACGUCCAACCGCACUCACAACACCUCCAACCGCACUCACUAUACGUCCAACCACACUCACAACACCUCCAACCGCACUCACAACACGUCCAACCGCAUUCACAACACGUCCAACCGCACUCACUAUACGUCCAACCGCAUUCACAACACGUCCAACCGCACUCACAACACGUCCAACCGCACUCACUAUACGUCCAACCGCACUCACAACACCUCCAACCGCACUCACAACACAUCCAACCGCACUCACAACACGUCCAACCGCACUCACAACACCUCCAACCGCACUCACAACACAUCCAACCGCACUCACAACACGUCCAACCGCACUCACAACACGUCCAACCGCACUCACAACACGUCCAACCGCACUCACAACACGUCCAACCGCAUUCACAACACGUCCAACCGCACUCACAACACGUCCAACCGCACUCACAACACGUCCAACCGCACUCACAACACGUCCAACCGCACUCACAACACGUCCAACCGCACUCACAAUUCGUCCAACCGCACUCACAACACGUUCAACCGCACUCACAACACCUCCAACCGCACUCACAACACGUCCAACCGCACUCACAACACGUCCAACCGCACUCACAACACCUCCAACCGCACUCACAACACCUCCAACCGCACUCACAAUUCGUCCAACCGCACUCACAACACGUCCAACCGCACUCACAACACGUCCAACCGCACUCACAAUUCGUCCAACCGCACUCACAACACGUUCAACCGCACUCACAACACUUCCAACCGCACUCACAACACGUCCAACCGCACUCACAACACGUCCAACCCGCACUCACAACACCUCCAACCGCACUCACAACACGUCCAACCGCACUCACAACACGUCCAACCGCACUCACAAUUCGUCCAACCGCACUCACAACACGUCCAACCGUACUCACAACACGUCCAACCGCACUCACAACACCUCCAACCGCAUUCACAACACGUCCAACCGCACUCACAACACCUCCAACCGCACUCACGACACGUCCAACCGCACUCACAACACGUCCAACCGCACUCACAACACGUCCAACCGCACUCACAACACCUCCAACCGCACUCACAACACCUCCAACCGCACUCACGACACGUCCAACCGCACUCACAACACGUCCAACCGCACUCACAACACGUCCAACCGCACUCACAACUCGUCCAACCGCACUCACAACACGUCCAACCGCACUCACAACACGUCCAACCGCACUCACAACACGUCCAACCGCACUCACAACACGUCCAACCGCACUCACAACACCUCCAACCGCACUCACAACACGUCCAACCGCACUCACGACACGAAGUUAGAUUAAUGUGGUACAAUGACAUCAUACUAUUAGAGGACUGA